CGGGGGUCUGGGACCUACCUGGUCCCGGGGGUCACAGAGGUGCCGGGCAGGGGGUGUCCCCCGUGGUUGAGCACUGCGGGCAGGUCUGAGGGACCGGGAGGGGGGUCGGCAGCGCAGCCCCAGCAGGGGCCAGGCAGGGUGGGAGGACAACGCUCCCGCCUUUACGGGGGUGCUUUACCGGGAGGGGGUGGCCGUACGUUACCGGGGGGCUGCCGACCCGACUCAUACAGCCCCGCCGGGGGGGGUGCAGUGCGCACCGGAGAGGGGGUCACGGUGCGGCCACGAGCAGGUCUGGUGUGGUGCGUUCCCGUGCGAUACCGGGUGUGUGUGGGGUGUGUCAAUGCAUUCCGGGGGGGGGGUGCGUUCUCGGUGGGGUUAAUGCAUUCCCGGGGAGCCGGUGCAGUGCCGGGGGGCAUGGUGCAUUGCCUGGCGGGGGGCGGGACGGAGCCGGGCCGGGAGACCGUGCAUUGCUGAGGGGGGUCAGAGCAGUGCCGGGAGGGGAGGGGGUGUGCGAUGCAUUCCCGGAGGGACCGGAGCUCGGCGGGGGGGGUCGGUGCGUUCCCGGGGGCCCGUGCAUCACCGGAGGAGGUGCGGCUGUGCGUGCCGGGGGCCGUGCAUUGACGGGGGGUCUGUUCGCUCCCGGGGGGCCGGAGCUCGGCCGGGGGGGUCGGUCCGUUCCCGGGCCCGGCGCCGGUACUGCGGGCGCAGCCGGUGCCCUCUGCGGGCCGCUGUCACCUUGAGGCGGGCGCGGGGCGGCUCCGUCAAUAUUUGGCGAGGCCGGAGAAGGAGCCGCCGCCCCCCGUCUCCCCCCACCCCGCCGCCCCCAUCCCCGGCCGGGCCGGGCCGCGCCGUCCCGAUAAAGCGCUGCGGGAGCUGCGGCGGGAGCGCGGCUCCGCCAUGACUCAGCCUGAGCAGGAGGCGCUGGGCGCCGGCUCGCCCGUGUUCGGGGAGGAAGAGGAGGAGAAGGACCUGAACAAGGCGCUGGGUGUGGAGCGCUUCGAGGAGAUCCUGAGCGACACGCAUCCUCGCAACGCAGAGGAGGCCGGGCGCAGCUAUGGCGAGGAGGACUUCGAGUACCACCGCCAGUCAUCCCACCACAUCCACCACCCGCUGUCCACGCACCUACCCCCCGACACCCGCCGCAAGAAGGGGGUGCCGAAAAAGGGCAAGAAGAAGCACCCCCGAGCCUCUGUCCCUGGCGAGACCCCCACCAUCGAGGAGGCUGAAGAGGAUGAGGACGAGGCGUGUGACACGGAGACUGAGCGGUCGGCAGAGGAGCUCCUGCAACCUGGCCCACCCGAGGCAGUGCAGUUCUUCCUGCAGGAAGAUGAGGUGACCGAACACCGGGCAGAGGAUCCGGUGCCCCCCCCAGUGCUGCCUGGUUCCCCCCCGGAGCCCCGUGGGUCCACAUCCCCCAGGGAAGCUCAGGCAGGCAGCCCCAGUGCGGAGGAGGGAGGAGUGGUGGAGGGAGCGGCUGCCACCGCCGAGGCCGGCUCCCCGGGUCGCCCCGUUCCCAAGUCGCAGCCGGGGCACCGCAGCUACAACCUGCACGAGCGGCGGCGGAUCGGCAGCAUGACGGGCGCGGAGCAGGACCAGUACCAGAAGAUGCCGACAGACGAGUCGGAGGCCCAGACACUGGCCUCGGCUGACCUGGACUACAUGAAGAGUCACCGCUUCGAGGAUGUGCCGGGGGUGCGCCGGCACCUCGUCCGGAAGAGUGCCAAGGCACAAGUGGUCCAUGUCAGCAAGGACCACAAGGAGCUCAUGACACGGCACCGCAAGCAGGACCGGCAGCCCCAUGAGGUAUUUGUGGAGCUGAACGAGCUGGUGGUGGACAAGAACCAGGAGCUGCAGUGGAAGGAGACAGCGCGCUGGAUCAAGUUUGAGGAGGACGUGGAGGAGGAGACGGACCGCUGGGGCAAGCCGCACGUGGCCUCCCUGUCCUUCCGCAGCCUCCUGGAACUGCGCAAGACCUUGUCCCACGGGGCCGUGCUCCUUGACCUGGACCAGAAGACGCUGCCGGGGGUGGCUCACCAAGUAGUGGAGCAGAUGGUCAUCACCGACCAGAUCCGGGCCGAGGACCGUGCCAAUGUGCUGCGGGCACUGCUGCUCAAGCACAGCCACCCAAGCGAUGAGAAGGACUUCUCCUUCCCCCGAAACAUCUCUGCGGGCAGCCUGGGCUCCCUGCUUGUGCACCACCACAGCACCAACCACGUAGCUGAGGGUAGUGAGCCGGCCGUCACUGAUCCGCUCAUUGCUGGCCAUGCCGUGGAGCACGACACACGGGUUGAUGUGGAGCGGGAGAGGGAGGUUCUCACCCCCACACCCCCGGCCGGCAUCACUCGCUCCAAGUCCAAACACGAGCUGAAGCUGCUGGAGAAGAUCCCGGACAAUGCUGAGGCCACAGUGGUGCUUGUGGGCUGCGUGGAGUUCCUGGACCAGCCCACCAUGGCCUUCGUGCGGCUGCAGGAGGCAGUGGAGCUGGACUCGGUGCUGGAGGUGCCCGUGCCUGUGCGGUUCCUCUUUGUGCUGCUGGGGCCCAGCAGCACCCACAUGGACUACCAUGAGAUCGGGCGCUCCAUCUCCACCCUCAUGUCUGACAAGCAAUUCCACGAGGCCGCAUACCUGGCCGAUGACCGCCAUGACCUCCUCAACGCCAUCAACGAGUUCCUGGACUGCAGCGUGGUGCUGCCGCCCUCCGAGGUGCAGGGUGAGGAGCUGCUGCGCAGCGUCGCCCACUUCCAGCGCGAGAUGCUGAAGAAGAGGGAGGAGCAGGAGCGAAGGCUGCUGCUGGAGCCGAAGUCCCCAGAGGAGAAAGCGCUGCUAAAGCUGAAGGUGGUGGAGGGUGACGGCGAGGAGGAGGAUGACGACCCCCUGCGGCGCACAGGCCGACCCUUUGGGGGGCUGAUCCGGGACGUGCAGCGGCGGUACCCCAAGUACCUGAGCGACUUCAGGGAUGCGCUGGACCCCCAGUGCAUUGCAGCCGUCAUCUUCAUCUACUUCGCUGCACUGUCACCAGCCAUUACCUUUGGAGGGCUGCUGGGGGAGAAGACGCAGGACCUAAUCGGGGUGUCUGAGCUGAUCAUCUCCACGUCGCUGCAGGGCGUGCUCUUCUGCCUGCUGGGCGCCCAGCCCCUGCUCAUCAUUGGCUUCUCAGGGCCUCUGCUCGUCUUUGAGGAGGCUUUCUUCACGUUCUGCACCUCCAAUGAGCUGGAGUACCUGGUGGGGCGCGUCUGGAUCGGCUUCUGGCUCAUCCUCAUCGUGCUGGUCAUGGUGGCCUUCGAGGGCAGCUUCCUGGUGCGCUUCGUCUCUCGCUUCACCCAGGAGAUCUUCGCCUUCCUCAUCUCCCUCAUCUUCAUCUACGAGACCUUCUCCAAGCUGGCCAAGAUCUUCCAGGAGCAUCCCCUGCACAGCUGCGUGCAGGCGAACGGCUCAGAGGCGGAUGCAUGGAGGAACAGCAGCACGGCCCUAGCCAACAGCACCGCGAGCCGCGCUGCAGCCAAGGUGACAGGGCAGCCCAACACGGCGCUGCUCUCGCUGGUGCUCAUGGCCGGCACCUUCUUCAUUGCCUUCUUCCUGCGCAAGUUCAAGAACAGCCGGUUCUUCCCCGGACGGAUCCGACGGCUCAUCGGGGACUUCGGGGUGCCCAUUGCCAUCCUGGUGAUGGUGCUGGUGGACUACAGCAUCCAGGACACCUACACACAGAAGCUGAGCGUGCCCAGCGGGCUCUCGGUGACGGCCCCAGACAAGCGGGGCUGGGUGAUCAACCCCCUGGGUGAGCAGAGCGACUUCCCUGUCUGGAUGAUGGUGGCCAGUGGCCUCCCUGCCAUCCUCGUCUUCAUCCUCAUCUUCAUGGAGACCCAGAUCACCACGCUGAUCAUCAGCAAGAAGGAGCGGAUGCUGCAGAAGGGCUCCGGGUUCCACCUCGACCUCCUGCUCAUUGUGGCCAUGGGUGGCUUCUUCGCACUGUUUGGGCUGCCGUGGCUCGCCGCGGCCACGGUGCGCUCUGUCACGCACGCUAACGCCCUCACUGUCAUGAGCAAGGCUGUGGCGCCUGGGGACAAGCCCAAGAUCCAGGAGGUGAAGGAGCAGCGGGUCACCGGGCUGCUGGUGGCUGUGCUCGUGGGCCUGUCCAUUGUCAUUGGGGACCUGCUGCGGCAGAUCCCGCUGGCCGUGCUUUUCGGGAUCUUCCUCUACAUGGGUAUCACCUCCCUCAAUGGCAUCCAGUUCUACGAGCGCCUGCAGCUGCUGUUGAUGCCCCCCAAGCACCACCCUGAUGUCAGCUAUGUCAAAAAGGUACGCACGCUGCGCAUGCACCUCUUCACUGGGCUGCAGCUGGCGUGCCUGGCCGUGCUCUGGGCUGUCAUGUCCACCGUGGCCUCCCUGGCCUUCCCCUUCAUCCUCAUCCUCACGGUGCCGCUCCGCAUGUGCCUGCUCAGCCGCAUCUUCACUGACCGGGAGAUGAAGUGUCUGGACGCAGAUGAGGCCGAGCCCAUCCUGGAUGAGCGGGAAGGUGUGGAUGAGUACAACGAAAUGCCGAUGCCGGUGUGACCGUGUGCCAGCAGCAAAGCCACCCGCGGGGACGUGCCCGGCCAGGCCCCGCGCUGCCGCCCUGCACGGGACCAGGGGCAGCUGGCACAGGCACCCCACGCUCCCCGUGCCUUGGGGGGGACUCCUGCCAAAGAGAUGCCGGCGCACAGCCGCACCCUGGCGGGACCCCUGCAGCCCUCCCGCACCAUGCAGGGCCCCUGGUCCCCUUGGGGCACAUCCUGACCUCGCCACGGGGCAGAGCCCCCCCAGCUACCCCUCAGCAGAGCUGCAGGUCCUGGCCCAGCCCCUCCACAGCCCCCAGCCCCGGGCUCCCGCCAGACAAUCAGGUGUUGCCUAAAUCCCACUGUGUUUUAUUUAACAGAGUAAUUUAAAUGGCAAUAAACAGCUUUAUAGCUAGCACACCAGGUUGAGGGGUGGCCAGGUGGUUGGGGCUGGAGGCGCUGGGGAGCGCCAUGCACCCCUGCCCCAUGGCUGUGUAAGGGCAGGGCUGCAGGCAGCAGCAUCCCAGGCACCAGGUGCUGCUACCGAGGGGACCCCACAACCACCAAGGGGACCCCCAUGGCAGACAGCCGGUGCCUGAGCCCUGGGCUGCUGGGCCGGGGGUCCCCUCGUGCUGUGCCCAGCGCAGGCUGGGGGCCGGCCGCCGCCUUGUACUAAUAAACAGAAUGGACUUUGCACAC